GCCACUUAUGAUGCUGCAGUCCUUCUCCUUCGGCCUAGACACUCCAGGCUCCUGUAGAAACAUGAUCUGUCAUGAUUACCCUGCACACAAGGGAUAGUGACUGUUAAUUCUCACCCGAUAAUUGCUGUGGGGAAGAGGAGGAGGAGGCUGCCGAAGAGGAAGGGGAAGCCCUUCAUGAAGUGCCGCGUCGCAGGGUAGAGGGAGUUGAAGACGGCGCUCCCCACCAGUUGACUGAAGGUUACUCCACCUCCCCCUUCAGCCCCGUGUAAUAGACACAGAAGAGAAGAAUAUAAAGGAGAGAAGAAGGUGCACUCACCUGUGAACAUGAGCUCCGUGGUGUCAGCCAGAGAGAGGACCACCAGCCCAGUCAUGUUGGAGAUCAAACCCAUAACUGCCACCCACGAGUCCCUCAGGCACAGCUUCAUGACCUUCAACCCCACAAGGCUGCUCAGAUAGGCCACAUGCAGAGCCGCGGAGCCGUAUCCGAUCAGAGCGGAGCCCCAGCACAGGGGCGUGCUCAGCUCGUACAACACGUAGAGCUCUCGGGUCCCGAAAUGGACGCUGACCACCAGGAAGAAGCACAAGGUGUAGAGCCACAGCUUGUAACGGUGGAGCUUCCCAGAGUCCUCGCUGGAGCUGCCGCCCGUCCUGAAGAGGCGCCACACGGCCUUGUGAUGGCGAGCGGUGAGGAGUCUGGCGCUGGGGUCAGGGUGAACAGAUUCCUGCACGAAGAGGAAGGCGUACAGCGCUGAAGCCAGGCUGGUGGCAAGGACCAGCCAGAAUGGAUUGAUGUACCUAAGUAGAGGGAGAGGAGUCGGUGAGAUUUGGGGAAUCUUCACAAACAUGGCACAGGCUUCCUACCCUUGAGCUCUUCGCCAGUGCCCGCCAAUGAUACUGGCCAGCAUCCCAGAGAGACCUAAACACGCCUCCAGGAUGGCCACACGGAAGGUGCGAGAGCUUCUGUCGCUGAUGUCGGCGAUGUGCGCGAAGCAGCCGGCCAGGAUGGCGUUGAAGUCACCUGACAGGCCGCUGAGCAGCCGCCCCACCAGAAAGUAGGCCACCGGGAGCUUCAGGUACAUGACCAGCAGGUAGAUGAUGGCCUGCAGGGCCAGGCCCAGACUGGGCACGAUGAGGACCGGCCUCCGACCUGCAAGGUCACUCCAGGAGCCCAGCAGGGGAACCAUGAGCAGACCCACCGAGAAGCCCGCCAGAUUGAUGUACAGGUUCCAGUGAGCCGUCAGAGUUUCCACUUCCUGUGGAGCGAAACACACGACACGAAUAUGAAACCGCAUCUUUCUCAAACCUCCAAUAAACAAUGUUCAAAAAUGGUCAGACAAACAACCUCGCCUCGGCUUCAAAAACUGCCCUUUCUUUGACCUCAGCAAACAAGACUGAAACAAAGAUUGUACAACAAGUAUCUCUUAAAGUAGUGUCCAAGAACAUGACCUCAGACUGACUGCGGCAUAACUACUGGAUAUAAAAGUUCACCACUCUAACUUGAAGAAUUUAAGGAUUAAGCAGCCAAAUAUAACAACAAAACACAUCAUACUUACAAUGUGUUGUCAAACUAUGUUUACUGCCACUGCUGAAAGUUGAAUAUACUUUCAUAAUAACUCUAAAGGGACAUUUGUGUUUUUCUUGAAAAAUCCAAAUGUCACGACAGUGUUAAUCGUUAUCGAUGUAAAGAACUUUGUACUCAGCGUUUAAAAAAGUGCAUAUCACACGUAUUUUCCAGCUGUUUACGGAACCAGUCCCUGCAGACAUUUUGUCAACUUGAACAUUUCAAUAAAGUUUGAACGGAGUCUUCUGUGAGAGUGUCGACCUGCAGUAGCGGGUCCGCGGGGCCAGAGCUGUUGCUGCAGCCGGAGCUCUUGGUGCCAUUGAAGCCCAGGUCCUGGCUCAUCCGGUCCCAGAUGUACUGAGUGGCCAGAGGAGCCUGGAGGCUCAGCGAGAACAUGGACAGGAACAAGACCGGCUCGACCGACACCGGCAGCGGCCGCGGGCAGGCGAACGGUGGGCGCACGUUCCGGACGCGGACGUCGUCUUGCUGCUCCAUGGAACCGCUGGCAUCUUCGGUGGAGGUCUUCGGGCCGUCACCUACGGGAAGUAUCGCUGCCGUGUCCGGUUCGUCCAUGACGGCGCCUGUGCUAAGUUACAUUGUUAACUACUGUGGAACAGGAAACACCCGGCGGUGCAAUCGGUGAGUUAGAAUAUACUGACAUCUAGUGGUCAAGGGGUGAACACCAACCUUCGUCAUGUGAGAGGGUUUAUUAAAAUAAAGGAAAAACAACUGUUGAGCAACUGUAGUGUCUGUUUUAGCAAUACGCUCGCACUAACCCAGAAUGUAUUUUAUAUUUUUUAUUUUUUUUAUUUUUUUAAUUAUUACUAAUAUUAAAACGUUAUUAAUCCCGAGGGAAAUUGUGUAAUAUAUUUAGCUAUAAUGUCUAAUUCUGCUCUUGGUUAUUAUAUGUUAGUUAUGCAUUCAUUUAUUUUACUACUCUGCGACUACUAUCACGACAUCCAGGGUAUAUUGUGUUGGUACAUUAUGUCAGAUGAAUAUUUUGGUGGAUGGACGUUAUAUAGUGUGUAUGCAAGAAUCGUAGAAAAGUAUUUGGUGCAAUUACCUUUUUGUCAUAACGGGAUUUCAACCUGAAUUUGGACGUUGCGUGCAGAGAUGAUGGAAUUGUUUGGGGUCACCAGUAGCAGCAGCAGCGAUGGGCUCUGCAGAGAUUAAGCUCUCUCGAACAUGAUCCGGGUUAAGGGUCUAAAAUCUCUUUUUACUGCAGACCAUCCUUUUUAGAUGGAACAAAAUUAAGGGGAUGUCCCCCCCCCCCCCUUUUUCUGGUAAUGUAACUAUUAAUCUUCUACAUAAACUCUUAUUUACUCUUAUAUUUCAAGGUUUUGCAUCUCUUUGAAACCAAACCAGUGACUCGACUGAUGAAAAUUCACAUCCUUCUUUAUUGUUUACUUGCUGUGUUUGAAGUGCAUUCCAUAUUUACUCCUUUAGGUUGCUAUUUUUCAUCUCCCUCCCUUGAACUUGCUCUCUAUUUUAUCACAUUUCUCUCCAGUCUGUCCGUAACCCAAGUGAAGUGUGUCCUAUUUCUUUUCAUAGGACUUUGUGUUUUGGACACAGAGCGCUGACAUGGUGAUUCAUUCCCUUUCCAAAGCCUGGGGCCGCAGUAAAGGAGCUACAAUCCAGGAGCAGAUUCCUGUGCAGGAGAUCAAACUCUUUCAAGUCAGGAUACGUGACAACCACCUGCCACUCGAUGGAACAAUCGCAGGACGGCGAUGACGGCAGCUACGCUCUGCACGAGAGCAACACUUUCAUCUCAAGAGCCGCGAGUAUGGACCGGAGGCGCAGCGUUGAUGGCGACUCACAGCGCUUCCAUCCGUACCCGCGCCAGCUCAGUGAGGAGGGAGCCGGUUCUCUGACCUGCCUGCCAGAGGUCUACAGGCAGGACUCCAGUUCACGGACGCCCAACUCCAACAUGGAGGCCUGGGAGCACUACAACACAUACUCAACAGUGGCGGACUCACCGAUUGCCUAUCCCAGUCAUGAUCGCUCCAAAUAUCCGCAUGAUCCACUGCAGAGAGGCGCCACACACCCCCUUUUCCCAAAACCUGUUUACUCAUACAGUAUUCUGAUCUUCAUGGCUCUGAAAAACAGUAAAACGGGAAGCCUGCCUGUCAGCGAGAUCUACAGCUUCAUGACGGAGCACUUUCCCUAUUUUAAGACGGCUCCUGACGGCUGGAAGAACUCUGUGAGGCACAAUCUCUCCUUGAACAAAUGCUUCGAGAAGGUGGAGAACAAAAACGGGAACGCCUCUCGUAAAGGCUGCCUGUGGUCCCUCAACCCUGCCAAGGUGGAGAAGAUGCAGGAGGAGCUGCACAAGUGGCACCGCAAAGACCCGGUGACGGUGCGGAGGAGCAUGGCGCGACCUGAGGAGCUGGACCAUCUGUUUGGUGAGAGGCGCAGCAAAAUCAGGCCACUUCCUCCCUACGCCGGCCGAGACCUGCUCUCCAGGCUCUCCACCAGCUACAGCCGCACCUCCGUGUCCGUCCACUCUCCUCCGCCUCCUCCCCCGCAGAUGUCAUGGUUUCCUCCGGCGAAGACCAGCAGCCACCCCGGCCUCUUCACACCGUGUUCACUGUGUCCGGUCCCAGCCGCCUCUGGAGGCCUGAGCGCCGCCGUGGAAGGGAUGAUGCCGCCGCCGUACAGCGAGGCUCAGCGGCUGCUGCCCGACUGGCUGUCGGAGAGAGACGCCAUGUACGAUGUGGACACGCUAAACCCCAGUCUGGUUGACCUGCAGCUGCAAGGCAGCCUGUGGGAGGAGUUGAGGGAGGACAGUCUGGUGUCAGAGCCGCCGGAGCACGUCCCCACCACUGUGGCCCAGAGCUCAGGACCAAGCACGGCACAGUUCACGGGUGGGGGGCCGAUAGAUGAGCCCUACUGGACUGCAGCCGACAGUUUGACUGGAUACAUGAGCUGCUGCACCACCUCCAUCACUCUGUUGUGAAGACGGCUUCCCUCCAGAAUCCAACACGAGGAAUGCAUUUCAUAGACGCUACUGUUUUCACCAGUUCAUCCUGAGGCUUUUGGGGAGUCAUAGUUCCUGUUGGCUGAGGACAGUGUUACGGACAAUUGAGAGUCAACCAUUAACCUCUGUAUGGUUUUAAACUGUGCAAUUUUAAUUGAACAAACUCACAAAUAAAAAAAAAUUAAGGAGCGUUUAAUUAAUAUUUUAUAAAGGUCUACGACAUUUCAAACUGUCGUUUGGAUGGUUUUCAAAUGGUCAUUUUUCAGAUGUUCAUGAGGGAAAAAGAGGCACCUUGUUUUAAAAGUAUACAGUAUUAUUUAAGAAAAGUAGAUUUGUUGUUGUAUUAUGAGGUGCAAGGUGUUGAGCUAAGGGGGAACCUUGCAGGAGCAGGAGUCGACUGUGACCUGGUUGCAUGCAGCACCAAGUCAGAGAAGUCAUCACUGGCUUUGCUUCUUGCGUGAGCAGAACCACCAGCAAGGCAGAGGAGGUGGUGAUCGACUUCAGAAUCACCAGUCAAGUCCAAGUCCAAGACUUCGAGGACCCGAAUCCAAACUGAGCACAGACGUCUGUCAGUCAUAUAUUUGUAACUGCAAAAUAAACAGUUAUGUAGAAAAGUGAAAUGCAUCAUUGGAACAAACACUUGGUCUUGACUGCGACUCUACAGGACACACAACAACUGCACAAGAAGGGCCAAAGUGGUUUCUUUCUGCUGAGGAUUCUCAGGUGUGAGCAGGAAACUGUAGAGAACUUUUUGUCGUGGGAACCCUCCCACCUUUAAAUGAGACCAUAUGGGCCUUGAGCAGCCCCUUCAGUGACAGAGUGAUGCUCGCAACAUGUACUGUAAGCCAGUGUUUUUCAACCUUUUUCAAGCCACGCCACCCUUGGUUCACUGAAAAACACCACCAAAGGAAGCUCAGUCAAAGUGCACUUGUGCUUAAAGUCCUAUCGAAAAUCCCUAUUCAUUUUUGAAAACUGUCGCUACUGACAUUCGCCUGUUAUUUUGCCAGGAUAUUUGCAGAAACAAAUUGUUUCAUGUGUCCAGAAAGGGGCGGCAAUAUGGCAAAAUAUAUCAUGAUUGAUUUAUUUACUUCCUUUAAAUAACUGUUUGGAUUUUACCGCUUCUCUUUUGCAUGAUUUUAUUCUAGUUUUGAGUUUCCAGACACAAA